GGCCAAGUCAAGACUUUACGGUGCUUUACUCAUCAAAUCGAUGCUUUGAAUGCUCAAAAAUCCAGAUGUUUCACUCGAUGGGAGAGAGCUCGCAUUGUCAUCAUGAAGAGUGAUCCGUCUUCGGCGGAGAGACAAUUGCCAAUCAAAUGGUUGUACCUCUCAGAAUUUACUGUUCUACAUUGUGCAAUUGAUAUGGUUGCGACAUGUUCAGUUUUUCCAAAGUAUCUCAAUCUCACGAUAGAUCACAUGACGACCUCGCAUUAACAGUUUGCGCAUAAUAAAGUUUUUUGUUGUCAGAUUCCAACACUAUAAAAAAAAACCUACAAACGUAUUAUAUUUAUUGCCCAUGAUUCUUUGUUUGCCAAUUUCUGCAAUAACUUAUCAGCGCAGUAAGGUACCUCAGUACCUGCACAGUGAUGAGUAGACUCACAUAAACCUGCGCGAUUGCUUGCGAAAGCCUUUGAAAUAUAAGUAUGUAAAGAUAAGCGUUGCGAUAAGUUAUCUGUAUGUCUUCUAUAUCUUAUCAAUAAACUGCGCCACUAAUCGUUCUUUAGACAUUAAUUCACCGUUACGAGUAUUUACUAAAGUACCCGUACCUGUCCAAGUGCUCACACGGUUUAGGUACUUGGAAACGUUGGAACAGUACAUGAUCACCAAAGAACUGCAGUGCAAAGAACAGAGCAUCAUCAGCCACCAGCUUAUCGGCGCUUAUUAGCCACUUCCAACGAGCUCGUCAACUAUACUUUCGCAAUUUAUUUUGCUACUUUGUAGAAAAAAACCCGAUUUUCAACAAUGAACCCGACGCAGCAAGAUUGCCAGUGUAUUUGACACACACCAAAUAGAUGUGGUAACAAAAGAAAAAUAACAAAAACAACGCACUGAAAAAGACGCAGUUGAAUUGCAAAAGUCAACAUAAAUAUAAAUAAAAAUAAAUCUUACACACUUAUUAGAUAAACAACACUGCUGUGAGACAGUCGCGAAGAAAAAAUUUGAAUUCUUUUUAUUUUGUUUUUUAUUUUGUUCUCGGUUUUUUUUACUAAAACAAAAUAAUGCAAUAAUCAUAAAAAACAGAAAUCUUGCAAAAAAAUUUAAUGUAAAAUACUUUGAGCCAUUUUUGGUGAACUUUACGAGUAUAUAUUUUUAAUUGGUCAAUACGCUCAGCCAAGGGAAAUCUACCUGCCGCAUGUGGAUUCUAUCGGUGCUUGUAAUUCUGCCAAAGACGUUGUUGGAGCGGACGACGCCGCACUGCAAUAGUGCAACCAAAUUCAAAGCGAAGCUCGUCAGACACCAAUUGUCAGCAGAAAUAGUUGCAGCAAAAACGCCAGCAAAAUCAACAUUCGUAGCCGCCUUAGCGCCCAGCAGCAGCAGCAGAUACAAAAAGAACAACAAUAACAGUAGCAGCAGCAGUGUAGCAGAAACAACUGUAGCCUUUAACCCAAAGCAAUAUUCUAGCCAAUUAAUAGACGAGUGUGUGCCCAUCGCAUUUUUAGUAUCCACAUCGUUGUCGCCAUCGACGGUGUCUUCGUUAUUCAUCGACAUUGUAUUUAUUUUCAUUGCGUCGCUUAUUAAUUUACGCGUCCAACAUUUCCUCCACAACGCGGUUAAAUCGAAGUUAGUAUUCUUGAUGAAUGACUUUCGCAUAAAAUCACUUUAUAAGCCAACUACAACAACAACAACAACAGCAACAGUAGCAACUGACAGUGGAACAGAAUUAACUGUAAUAUUAUCAAAAAUAUUAAGAGCUAUUAGAACAGUGAUAGAAAACAAUAAUAAUAACAACAAUAGCAGCAACAGCAAUAAUAUAAUAAAAUCUAUAAUCGAGACAACAACAACAGCGUUAACCAAUCAAAUCCCACGCAUCAGUGAAGCUAUCCCUGAAGCCCCCCUAUAUUCAUUAUUACCAUCAGUAAAUAACCAAAACAACAUCACGGUGGCCGCCUUUGUACAAUUACGGCUUUUUAAUAAUAACUCCUUCUCGUCGAACAAUCAUCGUACUUACAAUAACGGCAGUAAAUCGAAUAAAGUAUUUCUACACUAUACACCACGUGAUCCGCGUUUAAGAAACUCCAGUGAAAAUCAAGAGAUUUUUAUCAAUAAACACCAGUUCGAUAGUGUUAGUGAAUUGAAAAUAACUGAAGAUUUAUGCGCUUAUGGCGAAGUUAUCGGAGGUACCUCCGCAAUAAUAAUACAAAUUAUUAGUGCUAAUUUACCAAUAUACUGUGAUUGUAAUAAAAUUAUUAAUUGUUGUAAACCUACGUGUAAUAUUAAUAAAACUAAUAAUAGCAAAUUUGAAAGUGAAAGUGCGAGUGCGAGUAACAACUUAAACAUUGGUGAUCAUUCACGUAGUAAAACUAUUUCGGCUGUCAACUCUCACAAACUAAUAUACUAUAAGAAGAUACAAAAGCAAACACAAAACCCGACCGCAGAGUCACACGAAGUGGAAAAUAAGUUCUUGAGGUAAGUCUGCCCAUUUAUAGUAUUGGACUUAG